AAUUCUUGGGCCAUCCCUAGGCGUUAAGAGCUCAUUUUUGCAUCAAAAUAAAAGUAAUUGAAAAAGCCAAGUCCUGCUUAAACUGCUGGGACUUGGGCUAUUUAGGUAACUAAUUAGAAGUAGUUGAGCAUGGAUUUCGAAACCAUCAAUAUCGAGCAACUGGAGGAAGCAGUGGUUGUCUUUUACCGUUCCACAUCGCAGGAACAGGCAAUCACACACGAAUGGCUGACGAAGGCCGAGGCCAGCCCACAGGCCUGGCAGUUUUCCUGGCAGCUUAUGCAGCUGGGCAAGAGUCAAGAAGUGCAAUUUUUUGGCGCAAUUACACUACACUCAAAGCUGAUGAAGUAUUGGCACGAAGUGCCCCCCGAAAACCGUGAGGAGCUGAAACAAAAGAUUUUGGAAACGAUUGUGCAAUUCGCGGGAGGACCCAAACUGGUGCUUAACCGGCUUUGUCUAUCGUUGAGCGCUUUUAUUGUUCACAUGCUGGAGGAUUGGCCUUGCGCCAUUGAGGAGGUAAUCGAGACGUUCCAAAAUCAACGUAUUCCGAACGUUACCGCCGAUGUACAGCUGUGGAUCAUGCUGGAAGUGCUGCAGGGCAUACCCGAGGAGGCGCAAGUUAUUCAUUCCUCCGUAAAGCGCGUUACGCUGCGCGGUGAGAUUGGCAAGCGUGUGCCGCUCGUGCUGCAGACUAUCGAGGCAUAUUUGAAGCAGCAAAUGAACAAAGAAUGGGAUACCGAAGGCUACAACAAUAUGGCACGUGCGGUAAAGUGCGUCAGUGUCUGGAUCAGAAGCAUUGGCUACUCAAUUGAGAGCUGCGUCAGCAUCUGUGGCGUGAUGUUGGAGCUUGUGAACAAGUGUUACUGGCCCUGUAUUCGUUCUGGCGUUGGCUGCAUGUCUGCCGACGAAAAUGAACUCGCCGAGACCUGUCUCAAGGCAAUGGUCAGCAUAAUUGUGCAGCCAGAUUGUCACAAUUAUCCCAAGACUGCUGCUGUGCUGAUCAAAAUGUUUCUGGAUUCACUAUGCGACAUCACCCAAAGGGAAUGGCGGCGAGAUAACGAUAAUGAAGACAUUAUUGUGCAUAUCUAUAUGCUGUUUGUGUCUGCCGUGGAACGACAUUCGGCUUUAUUUUUGAGCGGCAUCACGGCCACAGAUCCAGAGUUAUUUGCCAUCUGGAGCCGCAUGGUACAUGAGAUACUGCAGUGCACAGAUAAGCCGGGAAUAUAUCCUGUAGAAGAAUCAUGCAGCACCAUGGCCUUGGCUUUUUGGUAUAUGCUGCAAGGCGAUGUUUUUGCCAUGCCAGACGAGGAAAAGCGCAAAUGCUGGGAGCAUAUAAAACCGCUCUAUGCACACUUGACCACUGUGCUGGUUCGUAAAUCCGAGCAGCCCGACGAGAGCUCCAUUGACAAGUGGAACUCUGAUGAUCUGGAAUGUUUUCGUUGCUAUCGUCAGGAUAUUUCCGAUACUUUUAUGUAUUGUUAUGAUGUUUUAGACGACUACAUACUGGAGAUAUUAGCCGCUAUGCUAGACGAGGCCAUUGCCGAGCUGCAGACGCAUCCCACACACUGGACGAAACUAGAGGCUUGUAUCUACUCAUUUCAGUCGGUGGCCGAGCAUUUUGGCGGCGAGGAGUCUCGUCAGAUACCCAAGCUAAUGCGCGUGCUCUCUGAGAUACCGUAUGAGAAGCUUAACGAGAAGCUACUCGGCACUGCGCUCGAGACAAUUGGCUCCUAUUGUUCCUGGCUCAUGGAUAAUCCCACUUUUAUACCGCCAGCUAUUGAUCUGCUGGUACGCGGCCUGAACUCUACAAUGUCGGCACAGGCAACGCUGGGCCUCAAGGAGCUGUGCCGCGAUUGCCAACUGCAAUUGAAGCCAUACGCGGAACCGCUCCUUGAUGCUUGCCAAGCUACGCUCAGUGCAGGCCGCAUGAAGAAUUCGGACUCGGUGCGUCUAAUGUUCAGUAUAGGUAAGCUGAUGAGCUUGCUGCCACCGGAGCAGAUACCCAAAUAUUUAGACAUCAUAGUCAGUCCCUGUUUCGAGGAGCUGCAGACCAUUUGCCAGGCGGGCGCCACGUCACCUGCAGCACGCAUACGCACAAUAUUCCGUCUCAACAUGAUCUCGACGCUGUUUUCGUCGCUUAACACAGAUGUGGAUGAAGAGCUCAAGAAUGUGCAUAAUAUGCAGCCCGUGCUGCUGGUUAUGGAAAAGACGAUGCCAAUUUUUCGGCGCAUUGCCGAGCUGUGGGUGGAGGAACUAGACGUACUAGAGGCUGCCUGCAGCGCUUUAAAGCAUGCCAUUGUUAAUUUGGGAAGCAGCUUUCGGCCAAUGUUGCAGGACUUGUGCUAUUUUAUUGUGGCAAGUUUUCAAACGCGCUGCUGUGCGCCCACUCUAGAGAUAACCAAAACCGCCAUUAUCGUCUUCUUCUGGGAAGAGAGCUGCAAGCCAUUGAUGCAGCAGCUGUUAUUGGAGUUUGUGAAGCACAGUUUUAAAUUGUUUGAGAAUACGCCCCAUGAGAACUUCUCUAAUAUAUCCGAUACCAUGGAGAUGUUCUUCGCCUGUCUUACGCAAAUCAUUAAAAAGGUGCCACAAGUGUUGGAGGACAAAACGAUUGCCUACGAUCGUCUUAUUUACUAUGCACAGCGCGCCAUGACGCUACCCGAAAAUGGUCCUAUACGCGCAAGCACACAAUUUGUUACACAAUUUGUGAUGCAAUCGAGAAAUCAUGCGCAUAUGACCGAAGUGGUACUAGCCUCGGGUGAGCAGAUCCUUCACACGGCCAUGAUUUGUGUGGGCUAUAUGACGCCGCGACAGCAAGUGGAUAAAUUUGCUGAUGUAUUUCUAUCCAUUAACAAAAAGUAUCCGGCCGAAAUGGCGGUUUGGCUAAAGACUGUAAUGUCCGUGCCCAACUUUCCCACUGAGCUCAUCAGCGAGGCCGAAAAGUCGCGAUACGUUACCCUUAUCAUCAAGGUAAAGUUUAACAAGCGGCUGCUGCAACAACAUCUGACGGAGCUGGCUGGCAAGACACGAGGACUUGUGCCUCUACAGUCUCCAGUUAAUUAAAGAGGAGAUUGCUCAACUACAUGGCCAAAUCUCUUAUAUUUUAUCGUCCUGUUCUGUGUAAUUAGAUGUUAAUUGUAAUUAAGGCGCUCUGUAAAUGUUCCUUCCAAUAAGUUGUUUAUUUUUAAUGAUGUCAAAUAUUAUUGCUGUGCUGGGACAGGCAAAUAUAUUUUAAAUAUAGGUUUACAAAUAUUUUGCCAGCCCGAACGCAGCUUUAGCAUCUGAAAUGAAUGUGUUAAAAGGCUGUUUCUUGACAUGAUUUAACUUUUAUUCAUAAUUUUACAAAAAUUACACGCUUUUGUUAACGCUUUA